AUGGCGGCCGUUAUCAGUGGAAUUUCCCGGCUCUUCCAGCCAACGAUUGGGGUACUGUCUUCAGAGAAGUUAUGCCAGGGUAUCAAUCCAUGGUACUUUCUCAUUGGCCUCCGCAUGGUUACUCUCUUUUUGGCUUUUGGACCCUGGGACUCCCUCAAGGCCGACAUUGUUUGCCAGUGGCCCAAAGAUACUGGCGAUUCAAAGUCGUUCUGUUCGGUCAUCUGCUACAACCAGCUGUUCCCCAUCCCUGUCUCGGGCCUCUGGACCUUCCACUUCAUCGCCAUCAUCUUCACUGUGGCACUCAUGAAGUUUGUGUAUGUUACGACGACAGACAAAUCAGGGAAGCCUGGGGAAGCGGAACCAAAGCCUGGAGAAACUGGGUGCUGCGAAACGGUUGGCCAACCUAAAUUUGGCGGCUGGAGAUACGGGAUCUACAUCUUCACCAUAGUCUUGAUUUUGGCCAUAGAAACGAGCUUCAUGUGGACCCUCAUUGGCCUCCAGUUACCAAUUAUGACCCGAGGAAUCGUCACAUGCCGUCCGAACAACCCAGUAUGCCCCGAGAUGGCACAGUGCGCUCUCAACGGACGAGCCGACAAGCAGGCCAUUUUGUGGGUCCUGGCCUUUUGUGCGGCGGGCAACAUCUGCGUCUGCAUUGGCUAUCUGGCCUCACAUGGCGGGCAGGCCUGUGGUUUUUGUGGCGGCGGCAGCGGCACACGGAAACCCGCAGCUGGUCACUGCGGCAACUGUGGCGGAGAGACCGGGGAACGCGGCUGUCUCCGUAACGAGGCAGGAUGUCGCAAUGUCCAGGGCGAUGGCCUGGGAUGGGAGGGGGCAUAUGGCUACCGCAGUGGCGGCAGUGCGGCAGGACCAACGGGGUGCACGUGCCGGACAGAGGGAGCAAACUGCUGCUGCCGUCAAGGUAAUAGCGGCGGCAAAAACGCGGCCUGCGGCUGUCGGGAGAAUAGGCACUGCCCCUGCUACUUCCAGGGUAGUGAGGCAGGGCAUAGCCGGAGCUCCAUGCCCACCAAGGAGGAUUCGGAGGGGAAAUUGCUAAGGGGAGACAUAGAACUGGGGCCGGAAAAGAAGAACUGGACUGUUGGGAUGAUGCAAAUGAAAGACGCGGUGAGGCCUGGGCCCAAAAGGGCCCGAGGUAGCCCAGGAGGAGGGAAGGGGGUAAAAUAUAUGGCAAAGUAUGAGACAUGGGGCAAGAGGAAGGUGUAGGGUGGGAGCGAGUGACGGGGAGGAAGUGGAGAGCUACCUUAAAGGAUUGCCGCAGGGCUGGCCUUGCCACGCAGCCGGGGGAAGAGUGGCGUGCCUCAAGGGGCAUCAUAA